UACCAAUCAACCAUAUAUACGAAGAAAGUUAGCAAUAACAUAUAUAGUUUUGAAGAUGGUGUUGAAAGUGGAAUUACUUUCCAAAGAGGUGAUGAUCAAGCCAUCAUCACCGACUCCACCUCACCUUAAAACCUUCAAACUAUCCUUUCUUGAUCAAAACGCACCGCCCAUUUUCAUCCCUCUCAUCCUCUUCUUCCAUCAUGCUCCGGCAGAUGAUCAUGGCCGUUCAUCACAAUUGCUGAAGCAAUCUUUAUCUAAGGUCUUGACCCUGUUUUAUCCCUUAGCUGGACGGAUCAAAGGAAACGAUUUGGUUGAUUGUAGUGAUGAGGGCGCGCUGUGGGUUGAAGCUCGCGUUCAUGGCUUCCUCAAAGAUGUGGUUGAGAAUCCAUUAAUGGAGGAAUUGGAAAAGUUUCUUCCCGUAGAGCCUUCUAAUGGUGAUGGUAGUGAGUUAAUCGUUGGUGUUCAAAUAAAUUAUUUUGUUGACGGCGGAAUAGCCGUGGGUGUUUGCUUGUCGCAUAAGAUCGCCGAUGGGCUGUCUCUAGUAAACUUCGUGAAUGCAUGGGCUGUCACCGCGCGUGAAGGGGACGCGGCCGGGAUCUCGCCGCCCAAUUUCGGGUUGGCGACGUCUCUCUUCCCGCCGACGACGAUGGACCUGCCCGCCGGAUCUAGAAUCUCGCCGACCCUUGGAAUGACGAGGGAAAAGAUUGUCACCAGGCGCGUCGUGUUCGACAAAGAAAACAUCGCCGCUCUCAAGAAAUCUGCGGCGGCAAAGUCGUCGGGGGUGGGAGACCGGGGCCCCACCCGUGUGGAGGCCAUCUCGGCCUUCCUAUGGAAGCAUUUCAGGGAGGCGGGUAGGAAAAAAUCCCAACAUGUUGCCGUCAAGAAAGCGUUCCUCGCAGCCCACAUCGUGAACCUCCGUGCGAAGAUGAAUCCGCCACUCCCGGACGCGACGUUCGGGAACCUAUGGACUCUAGCAAAUACUACAAUAACGCCAUCGGAAACAAACCAAAGCCCAGACGACAACGACGACCUGGUGUUUCAACUGAGAACUUCCAUAAAGGAAAUCAACGCAGAAUACGUGGAAGCUUUGCAAAACGAGAAAGGGCAAUCAGAACAUCUCCGUAAAUGGCACGAACGUUUCAGCACAGAGGAAGCUGAGUUCUUGGAAUUUACUAGCUGGUGCAGGUUUCCAAUCUACGAGGUAGAUUUUGGUUGGGGAAGGCCUAUUUGGGCAUGCAGAACAUCUUAUCCGUACAAGAAUCUCAUUAUAUUGAUGAGCACAAAAUGUGGGGAUGGGAUUGAAGCUUGGAUUAACAUGGGUGAAGAUGAUAUAUGGGAGAUUUAAGGUUCUGUUUGGCAAAGCUUAUUUAGGAGUUUACAAUUUAUGUUAAGCUAUUAAUAAGCUAUAAGGUAUGUUUGGUAAUAUUCCCAAAAUAAAUUAGUAGCUUAAAAUAA